UUAAGAUGUUUUUUUACCAUGGCAAUCAACCCUGGAAAUGUUUCUGAUAUACAAAUCUCUGUUUUGUUCUGCUUUUGUGUUUAGACUGACUGCGUACUGUACAAUACAACAUUUUUUCUCUAGCUGAAUGCAUGUGAGGCAUGUGAUAGAGCUACUGCCGAAACAGGCGUGUCAAGGAAAAAAAAAACGUCUAUAAAAGAAGAUACAAGAAACACAUUCAUAUACAGUACACUCUGGUAGACUUAUCACUCUAACUAACCGUCACUCCACAGUGAAUUCAAUUAUGGCCGUGUCAAACACAACGAGAAUUGUCAUGUUGGGGAAAACUGGAACUGGUAAAAGCAGCCUGGCUAACACCAUAUUUGGAGAGAAACUGUUCACGAUCGGCCACACUCUAAACUCUGAAACAAGAGAAUGUCAAGCAGAAACCAAAUCCGUCAAUGGAAGAAGCAUCACUUUGAUCGACACUCCUGGUUACUUUGACACAGAUAGAUCUGAGGAGGAGCUGAAGCCUGAGAUAGUGAGGUGUAUCACAGAGUGCGCUCCUGGGCCUCAUGCUUUUCUUAUUGUGCUUAAAGUGGAGAAAUUCACAGUGCAGGAGCAGGCUGUCAUCACAGAAAUAAACCAAACCUUUUCUGAAGAAGUCUUCAAAUAUGCAACAGUUGUCUUCACUCAUGGUGACCAGCUCCCUGAAGGACAGAAAAUUGAGGAUUUUGUUCACAAGAAUAAGUUAACAAAUGAUCUGGUGAAGAAAUGCGGAGGCCGCUACCAUGUCAUUGAUAAUAAAUACUGGAAGAACAACCAGCAGGAUAAACACAGGACCAACCAGUUCCAGGUGGACUACUCAAGUCAAUAGACAAGACAUUGGAAG